GCCCGGGCCUGGCGGAAGCGGGGCAGACCGGGAGGGGACCUGGAUCAUGGCUGCCGCGCCGCCGCUACGGGACCGCCUGAGCUUUCUACACCGGCUCCCAAUUCUCCUGAAGGGGACGUCAGAUGAUGAUGUCCCGUGUCCGGGCUACCUGUUUGAAGAGAUUGCUAAAAUCUCCCACGAGUCUCCGGGCAGCAGCCAGUGCCUGCUGGAGUAUCUCCUGAGCCGCCUGCACAGCAGCUCCGGCCACGGGAAGCUCAAGGUGCUGAAGAUCCUGCUCUAUCUGUGCAGCCACGGCUCCUCCUCCUUCCUGCUCAUCCUCAAACGCAACUCUGCCUUCAUCCAGGAAGCUGCAGCUUUUGCGGGGCCUCCAGAUCCUCUGCACGGGAAUAGCUUGUACCAGAAGGUUCGGGCAGCCGCGCAGGACUUGGGGAGCACCCUGUUCUCGGACACCGUGUUGCCACUGGCUCCCUCCCAGCCUCUGGGGACCCCGCCUGCCACAGGCAUGGGCUCCCAGGCCAGACCACACAGCACCCUCCAGGGUUUCGGCUACAGCAAGGAACACGGCUGCACGGGCUCGGCAGGCGAAGCCUUCCUCUCCACCAUCCAGAAGGCCGCAGAGGUGGUGGCCAGCGCCAUGCGCCCCGGGCCCGAGAGUCCCAGUACCCAGAGGCUCCUGCCGUGGGGUGACACCUACCAGCCUGCCAUGAUGCCUUCAGCCAGCCAUGAUCCCCCAACCCUGGGGAACCUACUCCCCGGGGCCAUUCCAGGUCCCCGAGCUGUGAGGCAUCAGCCUGGGCAGGCUGGAGGGGGCUGGGACGAGCUGGACAGCAGCCCCAGCUCUCAGAAUUCCUCCCAGAACAGCGACCUGAGCAGGGUCUCAGACUCGGGCAGUCAUUCCGGCAGCGACAGCCAUUCAGGGGCCAGCCGGGAGCCGGGUGACCUGGCAGAUAGGGUCGAGGUGGUAGCCCUGAGUGACUGUCAGCAAGAGUUGAGCUUGGUGAGGACUGUGACUCGGGGACCACGCGCCUUCCUGAGCCGUGAGGAGGCACAGCACUUCAUCAAAGCGUGUGGACUGCUCAACUGUGAGGCCGUGCUGCAGCUGCUGACCUGCCACCUGCAUGGGACCAGUGAAUGCACGCAGCUGAGGGCGCUGUGUGCCAUCGCCUCCCUGGGGAGCUCCGACCUCCUUCCCCAGGAGCACAUCCUCCUCCGCACCCGGCCGUGGCUGCAGGAGCUCAGCAUGGGCAGCCCAGGACCUGUGACCAACAAGGCCACCAAGAUUCUGAGGCACUUUGAGGCCUCCUGUGGGCAGCUGCCCCCUGCCCGGGACACCUCAGCCGAGCCUGGCCCCACAGCCGCCCUCCCAGGCCCAUCUGACCUGCUGACCGACGCUGUGCCUCUCGCUGGGAGCCAGGUCUUGCUCCAGCCUCUGAGUUCAACCACAGUCUCACCCCGGAGCCCUGCUCCCUCAUCUGAGAUGCCGUCCAGCCCUGUGCCCACCCCACCCCCAGAUGCCUCCCCCAUUCCAGCCCCCGGAGACCCCAGCGAGGCUGAGGCCAGACUGGCAGAAAGCAGGGGGUGGGGACCUGAACGGGCCCCAGGGGGCACGGACAGCCCAAAGAGAGGCCCCAGCAGCUGUAUGUGGAGCCGCGACUCCUUGUUUGCUGGCAUGCAGCUGGUGGCCUGUCCCCGCCUGGUGGGGGCCGGGGCUGCUGCAGGAGAGUCCUUCCCUGAUGCUCCCCGCACCCCCGGAACAUCGUCCCAGAGGACAGCAGCCAAAGAGCCUCCUGGCUCAGAGCCGUCAGCUUUCGCGUUCCUGAACGCCUGACCCGAUGGCCUGGCCCUGGAGUCUUCAGCUUCAGCUGCUGCCUGGGGCGGUCUGUGCUUCCUGAGCAGCCUCAACCGUAGCUGCUACAGUCUCCAGGCAACUUGACUUGAGAGGAGGACCCCAGGGCUACCUCAGUUUCCCCCAUCUCCUCUGCCAGAGGCUCUGGCUAUUUGGACUUGAAUCCCUACAAGGGAUAGGCAGGUGGCAGGGCUUCAGAAAUGUUGAUCUCAGGGCUCCCCAGGGGCAGCCCCUGCCUGUCUUGCCCUCAGACAUGAGGUUUCUUGUGUGACUGCGGAAGCGACUGCCAGGUUCUUUAUUUCAUUUUGAUCUCAGCUCCCUCCUUCCCCAGGAGGUCAUGAGCAGCAAAAAGCCACCGCCUCCCCUUCCCAUCUGGGUGGGCUAGGUGCUGAGGCUGGGUUUGGUGCACGUGGGUUGAUGGGUUGAGGGUGUCUUGUCCGGGCUGCCUUGUGCUGUCUGGCCUGAGGCCAUUUCAAGUUUCAGAUCCCCACGUGAUCCUUCCCUGGCUCUCACCUGCUCCUUUAUGCUGUAAUUGCUUCCUACACACAAAGCCUCUCAUUGGAGCCUCUGGUCCAUCUCAGAAGAACCUUCCGAGAGUGCUGGGGUUUAUGCUGUCUGAAUAAACACUACUGUUUACAUGAA